CUUGUGUUGUUCCUGAGGUAACCGGACACAUUCACGCUCGUGUGAUGAGGAGUCGUGACGGCGGAGGCGGGCGGCGACGUUCGGCCGUUCGUUCAGUCUCCUCACAGUCGCAUCCAGACCGACUCCCUGCGUGCGCGGCUGGGCGAAGUUCCUGGGGGAGGGGAUCGAGGCGAAGAAAAGAAAAUAGCGCAAGGAAGAAGUUAAAGACAAAGAGGAAGGAGUCAAAGGAGAAGUCCUGACUGAGAGACUCGUGGAACACGUGGAGCGUUAUGGACAGAAAAGAGUUCGUUUAUUUUAAAGCUUAAGACUCAGAAGGCUUGACAGUCAGAACAACACAGACAAGAGUUCGUGAUUGGAUUUAAGGCAUGGCAGAAUUAAGGAUGAACCGUGGAAAGAUUAAAUAGCAUGUAAACGUUGUUCAGACGCGCUUUUCCAAGGUUUUCGCCAAAAAUGUACAGGAACAUUAUGAAAAAUCCGACGACGGCGAGUUCACAGAAGAGUUGGAAGUUCGUGCGGGACUCGCUGCUGCUUUGCUUCUUUGCCGGCCAUGGAGAGGCUCAGUGCGACAGCUGUAUUGAGUACUGCUGCGAUGGGGUUCCUCCGUUUUGCUGCUCUUAUUAUGCAUAUGUGGGAGAUGUGCUCUCGGGCACGGCCAUCUCAGGGAUCGUGUUUGGCGUGGUGUUUCUGAUGGGCGCGGUGGCUGCCAUCUUUCUGUGCAUCUGUAUGUGUGUGAAGAACGGGCGCGGGGCGAGAGUGGGCGUCUUCCGCUCGUCAUAUAUCAACACCGUGACUCAGGGUUACCCAGGUCCUCCACCUCCUUACAGCUAUGAUUAUGAGAUGUAUCCUCCUGAUCUGCGGCCGCCUCCAUACACACCGACUCCACCCAGAGCGGCAAACUACUCUCCACCGCCGCCCUAUCCAGGCUACAGCCGCAAAUGAGCCUCGUCACGUGUGUUAUCCUGAGAGGACGCACAAAAUAAUGCACACAAUAAUAAAACCCUGCACAACCAGCGCUCUGUCAACGAAGCAGGGAUUUCCACUGGAGCAGCCGAAAAACAAUUCCUACAUGAGGAUUUUUAUUUAUGACGGAUAUUUAUGGUCUCACAAAUCUAAUGAACGCUAAUAAACAUUAUUAGGCAACGUGAGACCGGGACAGGCCUAAAAACUCAUGUGAGGUCAAAAAUGUGUACAUGUGGUUGUAAUGCGGUUUGUUGAAAAUCAGUGUUAUUUCUUUAAUUGUCAAAUGAAAAUACAGUGAAAUUAACUGUUAAUAUGGGAGUAAACUUCCUAUGUGUUGUACAGAGUAACAUUAUAUUCUUAUACCUACUGUGUGUCUGAGUGUCUUGAUUAAUUAAUUUUUAUCAACAGAGGAAAUAAUAUGAUAAAUGUAUUUAUUCAUAGAAGUUUGAAAGAGCAAGUUGUGUUUGUAGUUGGCUGCUGUUAUGAAAACAUACUAGGUGUAGUUAACUAUUCUUCGAAAGCAAAACAAUAGUGCAUUUUAUGUCUGUUUUUACCUUUCAUAAUAAAACUGAAGGCUGCAUACUUGUUUUUUCCAGUGGUGCAUAAA